UAUGGCGCCGACCACAACAACGUUUCUAUAUAGUUGUACGGAGUCUACUAAAGCAUAAAUAUUUGUACCUGAGGGCCUUAAUCGGCUACAUUUGACUUUGCCAUGGAUUUACGAGGAGCAAGGCAGCUUGGUCUAAGAGCAUUCAGGUGCAGCCUGGGUCCGUAUUGCAUCAGAAAUUCAAGACUUUCCACCCGAACCUCCGCUGCCGGAUAUCUCAGAGAGAAGAACAUCAUAAUCAUGGGUCCACCUGGAGCAGGGAAGACCACAGUGGGCCGGAUUGUGGCCCACAGACUGGGACUGCCAGCCGUUGAUGUCGAUGACGAUGUCUUGGAGCCGACGUGGAAGAUGCCAGUCGCUGCCAAGCUGGCGGCCGUCGGCGGCGAGCGUUUCCUGGAGGAGGAAGGUCAGGUGUUGCGUAACUUUUCGGCUUCCGGGUGCAUCGUUUCCCUGACGGGCUCCAACCCUCUUCACCCCGAGGCCAUGCAGCACGUCAAACAAAGCGGUGCCGUCGUCUACCUGGAUGUGGACGGCGAAGACAUCCUUCAGAGGCUCCACAGAAUGAAGGUGGACAGGAUCGUGGGCCAAGAGGCAGGGCGGUCCAUCAGGGACAUCCUGCAGUACAGGAAGCAGUUUUACGAGCGGUGGCUGGAUGCGCGGGUGCUGUGCGGUCGGGGGGACACGGCGGAGGAGGUGGCGGAGAAGGUGCUGCAGGCUGUGGAGAGAUUUCACAACCACGCCGCAGAGACCUAUGUGUCCACCAGGGCUGAUGGCGAAGGAUCGAAAGUUCACUUCAGUGACGUGGUGGUGGAGGGCCUGCCCCCAGACGGGGGUCUCUACGUACCCGAGAACGGCUUCCCAAAGAUAGCUCCGCGUGAGUGGUUGCGACUAGUUGGUAUGUCUUACCCAGAGCGAGCUUUGCUAUUACUUGAAAAGUGCAUCCACCCAUCCGAAGUCUCUGCUGUGGAUUUGAGAGAAAUGGUGUACAGGGCGUACGGGUCAAACUUUUCUACCAAGGAGGUUGCGCCCGUCAAGCACCUGAUGGACAGUACGUACGUCCAAGAGCUUUUCCACGGCCCCACCGCUUCCUUCAAAGAUCUGGCCUCGCAGCUGAUGCCCCAAAUCUUCGCCCACUGCCUGCCGCCCAUGUGCAACUACUUGAUCCUAGUUGCCACGUCCGGCGACACGGGCAGCGCCGUGCUCAGCGGCUUCGGCGGUCUGUGCGAUGCCGACAGACGCAGGACGGCCGUGCUGGUCUUCUUCCCCGAGGACGGCGUGAGCCACAUCCAGAAGCUUCAGAUGACCAGCUUGGACCGGAGCCACGCCAAGGCCGUGAGCGUGCGCUCCGACUUCGACUUCUGCCAGAGGAGCAUCAAGGGGAUGUUCGGUGAGGCAGGCCUGACGGGGCACCUCGCCGUGGAGUACGGCACCGUGCUGAGCACCGCCAACUCCAUCAAUUGGGCGCGUUUGUUACCACAGGUGGUUUACCACUCCGCCGCCUAUCUAAACCUUUGCCGAGACGGUGUCAUCCAGUUCGGAGACCCCAUUGACGUCUGCAUCCCGACCGGUAACUUCGGCAACGCCAUGUCCGCCUUGUACGCCAAACAAAUGGGCGUCCCCAUCCGCGAAGUCAUCUGCGCCUCCAACCGCAAUCGGAUCGUGUCAGACUUCGUCAACACGGGUGAGUACGACCUCCGCAAACGCCGUCUGAUGCCCAGCCGUUCCCCUGCCAUCGACAUCCUGAAAUCGUCCAAUCUGGAGAGGUUCGUCUACCACGUCUCGGGCGGCGACGGUCCCCUCGUCAAGGACUUGUUCUCGGGUUUAGACGAACGGCGGCACUUCAGCCUUCCUGAGCCGCUUCUCGGCAAGCUGCGACAGGAAGUACGAGCUGACUGGUGCUCGGAACAUGACUGCCUGGCGGCCAUCCGGAGCGUUCGCACGCAGGCCGGCUACGUCCUGGACACGCACACGGCCGUGGCUAAAGUUGUGGCGGACAGGCUGCGGGACCAAACCUGCCCCGUUGUCAUUAGUUCCACCGCUCAUUACGGUAAAUGUGCGCCCGCCGUGUUUGAAGCUUUGCAAGUGGAGAACAUCCCGGAGGAUCCUUUGGAGCAGCUGAGGAAGCUGCAGUGUGCUGCAUCCAGACCGGGAAAGAACAGGGACUUGAUGGAUUGCCUCAAAGACCGAAAGAGACGGGAACACACAGUUUGUGAAGCAGAUUACAGAGUGUUGGUAGAACAAGUGGAGAGCAUGAUACAGGACUCCUUCCUUAAAGUAAUGUAGACCUUCACCGCUACAGUGGCACAUUGACUUAAAAGUUGUAUUUGUUCCGUGACCAUGUUUGUAAUCAGUGCAGAUGGACUUGAAUGAUCUGAAGCGCACUGCAAAAGCAACCAAAGAGUUUUUGAAGGCAAAGAGGUAGAAUGUUAUGCAGCGCCCAAGUCAAUCACCUGACCUAAAUCCGAUUAAGCAUGCAUUUCACUUGCUGAAGACAAAACCAAAGGGAAAAAUGCCCCAAGAACAACCAGGAACUGAAGCCAGUUACAGUAGAGGCCUGGCAGAGCAUCACCAGGGGUGAAAUUCAGCGUUUCACACUUCAAAAAUUUGAUUCAUGAUUUUACAUUUGUCCCAUUACUUUUGGUUCCUUCAAAAGUCGGGUGAAAGUUAAUAAUUCCUUCAAUGUUCACCUGAUUUGGAUGUAAAUACCCUCAAAGCUGAAAGUAUUGGGUUCGUUUCAAAUGCUUGGUGGUGGUGUUUAGAGCCAAAAAGAUGAGAGUUUUGUCCAUGUCCCAAUAUUUAUGGACCUGAGUGUACAUGGUUGCUACUUAGCGGAUUUUCAAUACUCCGGGGGCUUCUGGAACGUUACCCUGGCGACGAACAAGGUACUGCUGUAGGUUCGUUAACGUGUUGGAGUUGUUGGAUCUCAUUAGAUUUUGAAGUGUCCUGCGAGCGUAUAAAGUGCGGCUCACCCCGGCGGCACUUUGCUGUUUUAGACCAAUGUGAAACCGAGCGUUACAUAAUGAAGCGCAGGCAGGUGCUGUAUACUGUGCUUGGGGGGUACAUUUUUGCCCCCUUCAGCAAGAAUCCUAUCUAUUUGCCAGGAGGGGGGCGCGGGGGCGUGUCAUAUAAAACCAGGUGCUGCCUCAGCAGCUGGUGCCGGUGGACACGGCAAGAUAAGUUUCAGCCAAGGCACGACUGCUUGUGACUGCACAAAUCUCAUGCUGACUAAUAUAUUACCUUUUUUUUUUUUUUUUUUUUUUUAAGGCCCGAGUGUCGUGGUGACCACCAACAUGUAAGUCUACGGCCCAACAGCUUGACGGUGCACGUGUCACGUGAUUAUCCACGUGUGGCUUUCUCCAGCACCGCGCAGGGAAAGAGGCAAAAGAUAUUAAAGACGCGUCUGUGACAUCGCAGUUCGGCAAACUUGAGAAGGGACACCGUUUUAGAAGUAGGCAGCUCACAAAAGAUGUAUUUGCCUCAAAUUGGCCAUUUAUGAUUGUUGAAUUUGGCCGACUUCAAGAGGUUUAUGAAGUAACUCGUGAUCAUCGAAACCUACAAUAACAAUAUCAUAUUUGAGCAUUUGAAGUGCAACACACUUCGUGAUUCAUCUCAUACUCCAUGCGCGAUAAUCCCGAGACGGAUCUGGGAGGAGUGAAGGCGCGGGCAUCCUCGUCUCCGCACCCGUGCUUGACAGCUGACUGACGGGUGAGGACGGCAUAAAAGCGACCCUCGCCCUUGAUUUCGAGGCGGAGAUCAAGGUCGAGGCGAAGAAAUGUUUUAUUCUUGUAGCUAACACAGACAUGGGAGUCCAUUGUUCCAGAAGAUGAAGACAAUAUGUGGAAGAUACUGUACAUGACACUUGUGAUGCCUUUGGCGACAACAUUGAGGUGAAAACAGCUAAAAAAAAAAUGUUUUUAAAUCAGGUCAAGUGAGACUGUUCCUCCUGUUGGAGCGGCGACUGAGCUGGACCUCCGUCUCCAGAUCGUGUGAGGAUAAUGAAUUUGGGUCGCUCUCCAAGUGGCAGCGUGUGAACACUUGACAAGCCCAGAUGGCUCACACUGGCAGAGAAGCUGCAAUGUCCACCAUCAAUCAGGCUGAUGUUUUGCCGGAUGCACUGUAGUUGCGUGCGUCGCACGCUGCCGAAUUGACGCUAUCACACCGCACGGAUUGUCGGCUUUUAUGCUCACACCCGUGUCAUCGUUAAGCGUUGACUAUUAAUGAAAUCUAUAUUGGCCGCAUCCCAAUGAAGCCGGCGACACAUUUCGGAGCUGGCGAUUAGUAUGACGCCGCAUUUAAAACUCCAUUACCGCUUCCUCCGCAGCCAGUUGAAUCUGAUUUAUGAGCGCCGUUAAGCAUAAUUGCGAUUUUAAGAGAUGAAUAUUUCCUAAUGAAUUGCCCCCCCCGCAGCCUUCUGUCUGCUCCCGCAGUUGUCACAAGGACACGUGAGCCCUCUCGCCCAAACGCCCGCCUGCCCGCCCGCCGGCUCACUCGCUGCCUACCGUGGACCCGGCCAUCCCUGACGCCAACUCUAUCACCCUCCGUCACGCCUGUCGUCCCCCCUGGCUGCGGAUCUGGAUGCCACCCACCGUGACAAGAAAGCCCACUCCCAAACAGGUUGGGAUUGGACGGGGCCGAAGAGAAGACAAUUUCAGCUCAUUCCACCGUUUUAUUAACAGUGACAUACAGUGAGUGAAACGCGUUUAUCGCAGGGCCUACGUUCCUGCCUACCCACCCACGAUUUGUGAAUAUCUGCAAUAUAGAGAGAUCGUGCAGAAAAAAAAGUGUUUCUAGUUUAAUUGCUCCUGUGUGCUUUAAACACAUUUUAAUGUAUCAAACCACGCUUUUCAAAAAUAUUUUUUCAGUACUUUGAGUCAAUGAAAAUAAGACUUGCUCGCACACGUGUCCAAAUUAGAGGCUAAAGCACGCUUGCUUCAGGCUAUUUAUUUGUCACUCCCAGUUGUAUAAAACUGAUGCAUCAAACAAAAGAGAACUAAACGUAUAUUUAAACAGCAAAAUGUACAACCAAACACAUCAUUUCAUCACACAAAAGUCCGCUAACUUUAUGCUAGCAUAUAAUGUGAAACAGCAUGCAAGGGUUAACGCAAAUUAGCCCAAUGUUACGGUAAUUCUAAGCCUUCAAACAACUGGUACUUUAACACGCACGAUGCAGUAACACAUACAAACAAGAGAUUUUAUUUAUAUGUAAACACCAACAUGUUUGGACCAAACCAUUUCAAAUAUGUCUCAUGAAAGUCUGCUAGGUUAAUGCUAACAUGUAAUGCGACAUCUCAUAGAUGGGUUGAAAUUAACAUAGAUGUUAUUGUAAUUCUAAACCUUCAAACAGCUGCUACUUUACACGCACGGAGGAGCAACACGUACAGAGAACAUAACAAUAGUCACAGUCCUAUAUUCUCUUUUGUGUAGGAACAUCGACUAUGACUUAGUUAGGAGACCUUCUCUGCUUCUCAAUCUUGCUCCUUAUUACGCUGCAUGUCAUCCAGUAAAGCUCGCAUCUGUCUGUUGCGGCGCAAUGCGGCACUACGCUGAAAUUGGGACUUGCCUGUACAACCCAUGAAACCAACAAUGACUUGAAAAUGUAUGUGCUGCUCACCAGAAGCCACAUUUUGCAUCCAACAUGACUUAAUGCAGCUCUGCUUACCUUUUUUUUUUAACAUGCUGGUGGGUGUAGCUCGGGAUUAUGUGAUCCCGAGCUUCUCAUGAGAUUUCAGAUCCCGGUUGCAUAGCUUAGCACCCAUCACAAUAGCGCUAGUUUGAAUUUUUUGCCACACAGAAAAAUUGCUGUUGUGGUAAUAUGGGGAUCAAUACAAAGGUUAAUGGAUCAAUAGCUGCUGGCAAAUUAGUGCAAAAGUCAACAUCAUCAGUGCUGAUCAGCACAAUGCCUUGAUUGACACUUUCAUGGAACAAUAUCAGCGUUAUUGUGAUUAUCAUACUGAAACGUUGCAACAUUUUGUAACCGUGUUUAGCCAUCUGAGAGGCUCCAAAUAUUAGAAACAACUCUCCAGUAUGAUGGUGUGUACGAGGACAAUCAUGACAUUUUAAAUGUAUAUAUUUAUAACACAUUGCUUGUUUAGGAUUAUAAAUAUUAGGAGUCUUCUAUAAUUAUAUAUGAAUAUUUAAAUAUUCAAAUACUGAUUUAUUUGU